AUGGGCAAAAAGAAAGUUACACCUCAAUCCAAUGACCCCAAGCAUCAAGACCCAUCUCAAGAAACUCAUCACCCUUCCAAAGAUUCACCCUUUCCAAAGUCUUCCAACCCUUUGAGCCGUCAAUCUUCCAACGCUUUAUAUGUAAUGGAGGCCUUUGAAAGCAGGCAACAGAUUGAAUCCUUGGCUCAAGCCAGGGAAGCUCUUGAGGCUGAAUUGAGUGAAAAUAAGAAGCUCGAAGCCGAUGAGAGUGAUAAAGAUUUGAGCUUUGAGUUUCAAAGCGAGUUGUUUUCUAUUUACAUUGGGACCCAAAUGAUAGAAUUUGUUGUUGAGAUGAAAAAGAUGUUCGGGGACUUGAAAAGAAAUGUGAAUGGACUGAUGGGUAGUCUUGAAAAUGAUAGAGAUAAGGUGGAGGGAAAUGAGAGGAAAUUAGUAGAAGAAAUUAGGAAAUUGAAAGUGGAACAUGAUAGGUUGGUUAGGGAGAAAGAUUACUUAGAGAAAGUGAAGAGUUUGAUUAUGAAAGAUAAAGAUUUGUUGGAGAAAAACAUGAAGGAUGCGGAGGAGGAAGUUGGGAAUUUGAGAAGGAAGAAUGAAAAGAUUACAAGGGAGAAGAGAGGGAUUGAGGUUGAGAAAAAUGAGCAAAAAUUGAAAACUAAUGAGAUGGAAAAGGAGGUGAGGGAAAUGAAUAAAGUUAUAUCAAGUUUGAGGUCAAAGAUUUUUGAGUUGGAAAAGAAUUAA